AGUCCCGGCAUGCUGUAGGGGAGUUUUUGCUGCUGCUGCUGGUGGGUUAGACCACUCUUUUUAGCGCACUCUGGCGGUGUGCGUGGGGCUGGCAUGUACAACGUGUGUGAGGGGAGCACAGCCCACCAGCAUCGUAUCCUUGCAGAUCCAGCUGCACACCUCCCCAGCCGCUCACUGACUCCCAGCCACACAGACUGCUGCUGCUGUAUACGGGUUAUCUGGCAGCACUAGUUUCAUGCGGAUUACCCAGAUCGCUGGAAAAGACCCUCACAGAGACCAGAGCCCUCUUCCUCUCCCCUCUGUGCUUGGAUAGGGAAUCUCUGUGCUCUGCUGAAGUGUGUGACUUGUCCGGGUGACGUUCCAGAUCCUGUGGCCGCUGUAAAUCCUGCCGUUCCCGGGGUGGCCACCUCUUGCACCUUCCCUGGCCACUGUCACCCUCGCCUUGCCCUAAUCUGCUCCGCUGCGCCUCCGUGCAGUGUCCUGGGUUGUUGCUAGCUCCUCUCCCGCGGGAGGCAGAGGAUGCGCCCUGCCCUCUGAGAUUGGAACAGCGAUGAUGCCCGAGCAGCCAAACCAUGUUGUGUCCACCAUCGAGAACCUGCCAGCGGAGAGCAUCUCCCCCACCCCCGGCCCUCUGCAGAGGAUGAAGAAAGUGUUUAACAGGGAAAUGCUGGUGUCUAUAGCCCUGGGUCAGGUGUUAUCUCUGCUUCUAUGUGGAAUAAGACUCACCAGUAAAUAUCUAUCAGAGGAUUUUCACGCCAACACACCGCUCUUUCAGAGUUUUCUUAACUACAUCCUUCUGUUCUUGGUUUACACUACCACUCUGGCUGUAAGACAAGGGGAGGAAAACUUAUUGGCAAUUUUGAAAAGAAGAUGGUGGAAGUAUAUGUUCCUAGGCAUUAUAGACAUUGAAGCAACAUAUUUAGUUGUCAAAGCACAUCAAUAUACCACUUUCAUUAGUAUACAGCUACUAAAUUGUUUUGUUAUCCCUGUGGUCAUAUUACUGUCCUGGUUUUUCUUGCUGGUCCGAUAUAAGGUUUUACACUUCAUUGGUGCUGUGGCAUGUAUCCUUGGAAUUGGGUGCAUGGCAGGAGCUGAUGUACUUAUGGGAAGGCAGCAAAAAGAAGAUUAUUACCUAGGAGAUAGUAAACUAAUUGGAGAUGUCUUGGUUCUCGGAGGUGCCACUCUGUAUGGUAUUUCUAGCGUGUGCCAAGAAUAUAUUGUUAGAAACCUUAGCCGAAUUGAGCUACUGGGGAUGAUUGGACUUUUUGGCUCCUUCUUCAGCGGAAUACAGCUAGCAAUAAUGGAACACAAGGAGUUGUUAAAAGUACCUUGGGACUGGCAAAUAGGAUUGCUGUAUGUGGGUUUCACUGCCUGCAUGUUUGGCCUUUAUAGCUUCUUACCUGUGGUUAUAAAGAAAACCAGUGCCACUGCUAUCAACCUUUCCACGUUAACAGCUGAACUCUACACCUUUUUCUGUGGCCUGUUCUUGUUUCACUAUAAGUUUUCAGGACUGUAUCUUCUGUCUCUCUGCACAAUUCUGGUUGGACUGGUACUGUAUUUCUCCACAACUACCUAUGUGGCCCAGGAUCCCAGAGUGUACAAACAAUUCCGCAACCCUUCAGGACCUGUAGUAGAACUACCCGCUAAUGCACAAAUGGAACCCUCAGUAACAUACACAAGCUUAGGCCAAGAGACAGAAGAAGAGCCACGCGUCAGAGUUGCCUAAAGUUAAGCAUUUGUCACCCACUGAAGUCUCAGUGGCAUCCAUUAUCUCUGUAUUGUGCAUAGAGAAAAGGCAUUACCAUGUACAGUUACACGAAAGCAAGAGCAUGAAAAAGGGUUGGAAAAGGAUGCAAGAAAUAUGGAACAGCGCUGGGCUCGGAAACACCUGGAGUCAUAUGUAUGACAGCACUAUUUAUUCACAAGUGUGUAAUCUCUUAGAGAAUAGACAAACAUUGAGAAAGGUGAUAUUACCUCAAAGUUUACUUUUGCACAUGUCCUCAUGUGAUGUAUUGCCAAGAUUUUUAUUUUAGUAAAUUUUACACCAUGUAGUGUUCACAAAUGUUCUCAUUCUUCUAUAAACAAGGGGUUCCUUAAUUAAGGCUACUUGGGUAUAAAGAAAUAAUCACAUUCCUAUUGGUGCACUGCCAUUUGCCUGCGUUCUUUAGUCCAGGCAAACACCUGCAAUCACCUAGACUGUUUGUAGCAUUAUAAGGUCCCUGCAGAACUUUUGUAAUACAUAAUAGGUUUGUAAGUCUUUUUGUACCUUCCAUUUGCCAAGUAAAUUAUAUUUUUAUCUUUCAUGCUUUAACAUGAGUUUAACAUGUCUGAAAGCAGUAAAAAUGAUGGUUUGGUGCAACAGAGACUAAGUGGUAUUGACCUAUUUAGUGGUGCUAAAAUAACAUCACAACUCCACUACUACAUACACACAAUAUGAACCCAACACCAGCACAUGAAAAAUUAUUUAAUAGAAUACAGUCUAAUAGCAAAGUGUGAACUUGACACAUAUGUCAGAUGCUUCAGAAAUUGUGCCAACAAUGCAAGAAAAUCUUUCCUAUGAGAUUGGAGCAGUUUGUCUGGAAACGUCAGCAUUUAUCUUAAUCUUGCCACGGAAUAAUAAUCUAUUUCAGCUUCUAAGGGACCAAAUCAAUUGCAAGCAUUGUUAUCGAUGCACCAUCGGAGAGCCAUUGGCAUGCUCAUAAUGGUGGUACAUUGUGACAGUGAUAUCACUAAUUUUGCCUCGCAUCUCCAUAUGGGUCCACAUGAAUGUGAGUGAUGUUGGGCUACCGUAAUUCCGAGUGAUAGGUGCAUCUACAUAUCUUCACCGCAUAUUACACUGAAUUAUAUUGGUCCCUAAUACAGUAGUCUCUGAUCAAGAUGAAAAUAUCUGGUGGUCUAAUUGGCAGUCUGUUAAUGUAGUUACAAUUUCCAGAAUGGUACUUUUCAAGAAAAUGGAAGAGAAGAACAUAGCUGACUGAAGUUACUGCCUACAUGGUGGAAAUAGCAGCUGUGAGCAAUACUUACGUAGUAAAACCUGAUGGGGUAAAAAAAACAUCACUUCUAAUAUGUCUUAUACUCAGUUCUCAUGACACAUCAUCCCAUAUACUCAUUCAUCAUACAUCCAUUUCAUAUUCCUUACACUCAUCGUUUAGGAACAUAAAAAUAUAGUUUGUGAUGUUUGACUUUGAUAAAGGACGAUGUCUUAUAUUAGACACUUUAGAUUGAUCACAUCAUUCCUUUCCUAAUAUGUAAACAUACCAUGUUCCCAGGUCAGGAUAUGAUUGAUACUGCACAGUAAUGGCUGAAAAUAUUCUUUACAUAUACAGUGCUAACUUAAAUUAUAAGUGUUUCCAUUUAGUUCUCAUGCCUUGACUGAUCUUGAGAUGUGUGACUCAGUACUUAAUUUUACAGUGAAGCUCUGUGAAAACUAUGGUUUAUCAGCUAUUUCAAUGAUAAUAAGCAAAGCAAUAUCAAGAUUAAAUAGUUACCGGUGCAAAAUUUACUAAAGUUCAAUUUUGGUGUUUCAAGGGAUUUGGCACUCGAUUUCCAUUUGUUUGAACAGAUUUAAUAAAGACCAAAUCGAAUGUCAAAUCAAUUCUAUUGACAAAUUCAACUCACAUCCCAACAGAAAUCGAAUUUCUAAAAAACACUGAUGUUUUCCCAUAGCCCAACAUAGAAUACCAUCAUUUACCUAAAUUUGAUUUGAAAUCGAACUCUAAAUCGAGCUCCAAACUCCCAAAUGUUUAGAAUGAUGUUAGACAUUUGAUUUUGGCUUCUAAACACCAUUCUAAUUGUAGGAAAUUGAUAGUGAUGACUUUUACCCAAAAGCAUGUAGGGCAGUGUGGAAGUAGUAAUAAUGGAUGCUCAAGGUUAUGGUAUGUUGUGCACCUACCUGCGCAAUGCAAAUCACUAUCUGAGAAAACCCUGGAGGAUCAAUCAGAGUACCAUCAGCAGCUUCAUAAGUUGAAUAGUGCACAUAUUUAUACUUAUAGACAUCAUACUUAUUCCAUGAAUGUACAAUAGAUAGCACCAGAGCAAAAUAUUGGCCAAUUUGGCUUGAUGAUAUAAUACAUUUUACAAUUAUGAGUUUUAAAACGGACUAUCCUUGUUCCUCCCAUGAUGCCUACAUCCCUGAGCUAUUCAUCUCUGUUUUCAAAAAUACUUGUGGGACAAAUGCAGGAGGGAUGGUUGUUGCGUAAGAUACCAGUAUGUGCUAAUAAAGCAGCUAUAAGUAAUUAUACUAUAUUGUUCUAAUUUGUUCCCCUACCACCAAAAAAGAUUAUUUAGGCUUUGGCUGUUGCUCUUGGCUUCUGACUCCAUUGUCAAUUCCACAAACUCCAGCUGAGCAUAAGUAUAAAGGGGCACAUACAAUCCAUGACAAUGUAUCUUUGUUUUUUCUUUUAUAAAAUAUAUAUAUAUAUAGAUAUAUAUAUACGGAAGGCAUAUUAUUAUUAUAUCAUUUGUUAAAAAUGUUCGAUGUUGUGCUCUGCUGCGGUCUAUUGCAUAUUCGAACAUUAAACAAACCAUUCCCCCCAGAUUAUGCAAUAAACGGGGAACAGACAGAGUUGGGGGGUUUUAGCAACAACUGACUUGUGUGCACAGAAAGUGAAAUCCAGGCAGGAAGGCAGAUUAUGGCUAAGUUUAUUGUCCCCUAUCUAAGCUGUAUUUAAAAAAAAAAAAAAAUCAUCACUUAGGUUUUCAUGUAUAAAACAGUAAAGAGAGAGUUUCUCCUUUAAUUAGUGUGCAUGUGAUACAUUUGGACCAAUAGGAUGCAAUGAGGAAGUUCUGUUUGAUUUUGUAUUCUAUUUUGCUAGGGGUUCAAUGGGGAUUUGAGGUUCAAAUUGGUAAGGGCUUCAUAAAUUCAACUCAAAAUCCCUUCCCAAAAUCUACCAACAUCAAAUUCGAUUUGAAAAUCGAAUUGAAAAUUGAUUUUUAGUAAAUAAGGGAUUUUUCAAAUAUUUUAGAAGCUCAACAGGAAUCAAUUUCGAUCAAUUUAAAAAUUCAUAAAGUGCUUUUCAACAUCGGAUUUUAGUAAAUUUACCCCCAGGCCACACUCAGGGAUGAAAGUGUGUGAUGUCAUUUUACAGUGCUCCAUUACUAGACUUACUACAGCUACAAAAAAAUUAUCUUGUACUAAUCCUGUAAACAGAGCAUAGAGAAUACACAAACACUAUGGGGUAAAUAAUAAUAAUAAUAGGGUCUAAAUUGAUAGAGGUCCGGGAUUUCAUCAGAGUAAAAAAUAUACCCAUUCUCAAACGAAAUCCUGGACCUCCAGCAACUCAGUCCCUAUUACAUUUACCCUUGUGAAUUUACCUGCAGAGCAAAGACUAUAAGGGUGUAAUACGAGAUACCCGCGCCGGGAUCCCGACCGCUGGAAUGUUGGCAGAGGGGCGAGCGCAAAAGAGCCCCUUUUGGGCUCGCACGCCACGCUAUUUAUUUUCCCACCAGGAGUGUCGUGAACACCCCAAGAGGGUGAAUAGUUGUCGGUAUCCCAGCAGUCGGGAUCCUGGCGCCGGUAUGCAGAGUGCUGGGAUCCCGACAGCCGGGAUAUCGAGUGCCUCCCAGAUAUAGUAACUUGACUGGUAGGAGAACAGUAUUAUAAUGCCUGCAUGACAACCUACGGUUCUCUAGGCUCUGCAGCUAGAAAUAUAGAACACAGACUUUAGUUUUGCCAGAAAAAAAAUCUUACCGCCACUUCUACUAACAUAGUAUUUAACAAAAAAAUAGUUCUAACUGCCAUUAGAAUUUAUAUUUAAUAUACCAAAAUUGCUUAUUAUAUUUACCCAUUUACUCGCAAUGACACAUGUAAUAUUUUUCUUUCUAUUGUUUUAUGCCUACAUUUUAGAUGUAUUAUUGCAUAUCAUAUAUCAUAUCAUGUAUUAUAGAUUGGCUUUCUGUAGUUACAUGUAGUCCACAACCAAUGCCUACCACAAGACCUAGUGGCACAUUCCAUUAAAUACAAGGUUCUGUGACUGAGCACAUACCAUAGUGGGUAAUUUCAGGAAGAAAAUCUUGCUUUUUUACUCGCUACAGGCCGUGAGCAAACAAAAGGAAGGUUUCUCUACCCACUGAGAUAUUUUCUUUUCAGUUAUAAAAGCCUAUUAGUUUCAUAAACAUGCCUAACUAUAUUAGGUUAUAUCAAAAUAUAAGUCAUAUGUAAUAUAAGAAUAUUUUACUGAGAAACCAUAAAUUCUUUUGAAAUGACAAUAUGUGCAAACAUCUAAAACACAUCUGAUGAGAAAUGGUUGCUGGUAUUUACAUAUGAAACGUUAAAAUCUCUGCUGUGUUUGAACAGUGAGAUGAUGACCCACCAGUAAUAUCAAACCUCCUCUUUUCCUACAACACCACAACAAAUUAUACAGAUGAAGCAGAUUUUAUUGCAGUGCGUGUCAAGCAGAAUGUAUUUUGUAGUUAACUCAAACAUUCCAAGCUAUUUACAGCUGUAAUAAUCAGAGAUCGGCCACUAGAUCUCCACUUAAGCACUAGCCAAGGUGCAACAUUCACUGCAAUAUAUUCUGCUACAUCUUAAUUGACUGCUUAGAUAAAAAUAUAUUCUUCAUGUUUUCACAGAAAGACAGACAAGUGUAUAUUUUAUAAGGGAUCAUUGUUAUCAUAUUUUAUUGUAAUAAAGAUUUUCAAAACUCACAUUUCUAAAUAAGUGGCAACUUUUACUGUGUCUGUUACAUACAUUAACCAUUGUACCACCCAACACUGAGACAUGCAGAACUAUAGGCAACAUAUGUUCCUCUUUGAUGCAGCGCUAGUGAUGGAAUGGCCAAAUUAAAGUCCAGACCAAGAUUGUAACAUUCAUGCUUGUGAAACCUUGGGAAGCCCAAAUGUGCUUAACAAGUAAAGAUGUUGCACCCUUGUAUGUUUACAGGAGCCUAAUAAGAUAAGAGAGCAGGAAGAAAUAUAUUUGAAACCUAACCCAGGCAAAUAUACUUUGCUGCAAAAUUAUGGUGAAAGUUUCACUUCAAAAAAAUUAUUUUACUUUCUUAUCCUAUAUUUAUGGAUCAAAAUAAUUUAAACUAGUUGCUAGAAUAGAGCACUUUGUGGCAAUACAAGUCAAAAUUAAUAGAGAUUAGGGCACAGCUAUUAUUAAAAGCUGCACAAUACCAAAAUGUAUACAGUACAUAAAUCAUAAUUGCCUUAAUUUAAAAAAAAAAGUUCACAUCAUCUUAAAGCAUCAAUCAUGUAUCUGAUAGUCAUAUGUCUUAGCUAUCCUACAAAUAAUUAUCUCCUUUCAAAUAUAUCUGGGAGGCAAAACUGUUAUGGCUGCCAUACACAGACUCGGUUAUCAGCAUGUCAUGUGAUGAUAGAGAGGAGAAAGAGGGGGAGGACGUUGCAGUGCAGAUUCGGGCUCAGAAGGUCAUUCCAAACCUUCCCUGCUCACUACAUCAUGUUACUGUGGUAGACCAUGACAGAAUUCUAAAUCCGUUAAAAAACCCUGAAAAAAAAUAAACCAAGGAGUAUGGUAAAUAUCCUAAAAAAAUGUUUUCAUGGGAGUGCUGGUUUAAAAUUAAUACUCUAGUUGCACAUUUGAACAGAGCUAUAUCUACGUAUGAAAUAUUAUGCGAUCUAAAAAAUAAAAGUAGACAUUUAUACAAACAUAUAUAUAAUAUACAGUUAAACAAUAGGGAGGUAAAUAACUACCACUGACUGUAGCAAAGUGCAGUCUCUUAUUUAUGAAAAAGGCAUCUGGCUGUAAAUUCUAAGUGCCAACCUACCUGUAAGCAAAUAGGGAAUGGCAAUUAAUGUUGAUGGGAUUACGUAGUUCCUUGGAAGAGAUUCCACAGAGCAUUGGGGAACUCUGGAUAACUGCCAAUAUCAUCUGCCAAUAGCUCUUUCAGACAGUGCUCAGGUUAGGUUACAGGUAAGAGUAGGGAGAUUUUCUACACCACCCUCCCAGCCAAUUGCUAUAUGGUUGGGGAAACUUACAAGUAGAGUAUUUCAUAACUCACUCAAAUUUAAAGUGCAUUGGAUAACAACCUGUUUUUCAGAAAGGGAAAUAUUUACCUGUCUUUCAUAAAUUAUCAUGCAGGUUGUUACAAUUGCACAACACACUUGUUUUAGAUGACUUUCAAAUUACAACCCAGAGAAUGUGAUGUUUAUAUGUGCUGUUUGCAAGUAGUGUAGGUUUCUUGCAUUUACAUUCAGAACCAUUUUGUAAUUUCUUUGGCUGAGGAAAAAAAACACACACACUCUAACCAAUAAGUCAGUCUGAAAAAUAAAAGCACACUUAUUUUGCUGCGAUGUGGAAUUGACCAAAAAUGCUAACCAUACAGGUCCAGUGUUAUUAUAACAUACAAACAUACCCUUCUCUGUUUUUGAUAUUUGCAUGCACCUAUAUGGACUGGCUGUGGCAAUGUAAUGCCUGUAAAUUGUUUAAAAAAAAAUAAACACUUUAUGAAAA